AUGGAUCGCGUGGCGAACGCUGCAAAGCGUGCAGGAAGUCAUGCGACGCACCAUUUGCAGAAGGCCGUCACAGCGGCGAAGGAGCAAGGCUACUUCGAGCCCAUCUGCACCCAGCGGCACCUCUCCGUCCGACACUACACCUUCGACAUUUUCCAGUAUUGCGGAGACAUCGUGCAUGUCCUGGCGCUGGUUCUUUGUCUGGCAGUUAUCCUGCGGGAGAGCGGCACCAGCGGCAUCUCCUUCAAGACACAUAUCCUUUAUUUCAUCGUUUUUACGGCGAGAUUCUCGAAUAUUUUCUUCUGCGAUCAGUCAAUCUACUUGGUGCUCUACAAGGUUCUUCUGUGGAGUGUGACAUUGAAGAUCGUCUUGCUGCUGUACAUCUUUGGAGCCAGUGUGGACGAGAAGGACACAGUUUCCUUGCCAGCUGCUUUGUUCAUCAUUAUCGUCAUGACGCUGGUCUUCGGUGUGUACUCGCUGGAAGAUCACGGGCUGUUCGUCGAGAUCCUCUGGAUCUUCUCAACAUAUCUGGAGAGCAUCUCAAUGCUUCCCCAGUACAUCUACUGCUACAGGGACGUUGAGAACAAGUGCCCCUUGGUCUCGUCCUACGUCUUCGCAAUGGGUGGAUACCAGAUGGUCUUUGGAGUGAGCUGGGGCCAUCACUUCAUCUUCCGACCCUAUGACUUGGACGUCAGCAGCAUGAUCUCGGGCUUCUUGGGUAUUGUCUUCUUUUGUGACUACUUGGCCUUUCGAGUGCUGGGCGUCUCCAUGCUCGUCCAAGUUUGUAUCUCCGUGGAUGAUACCAUCAAAGAGGCAGAGGAAGCUGCUUGGAGCCUCGUCGCAGGGCAGCCUUUGCAAGGCGAGUUUGCAGAGUUCGCCGAUUCGGUCACUCCAAAUGUCAUUGGCCAUCGAGAGGAGAUCGAGAUGGCCAUGGCUGCCCCAGUGGAGUACCACCGGAGUGUGAAAAUGAACAUCCGGCUCUGCAAGGCAUGCAGUGUGAGCUCGGAGCUGCGCAGAUUCCUCAUGAGUCUGCAGCCAGCCUCCUACUUGCGCAUCAACAAGUACACGUCUCCAGGCUUCAUCCAGUCCAAUCAAACUUGCUCCGACUGUGCGCCGGGCACGUACAUGAGCUACGCCAACGCCACAGUCAACCUCACCUUUUCCAUCGGCUGCCGCCCCUGCCUUGCGGGCUGGUAUAGCGGAGCCGCCGCAUCUGUCUGCACCGUGUGUCCUGCAGGGCGCUGGAGUUGGGCUUCUGCACCUAGUUGCACUGAGUGCGCGCCCGGCAGCUACAGUCUGGAGGGCAUGCGCGACUGCAUCACGUGCGCCCCAGGCUACUUUGCGGCCUCCUACGGCUUCUCGGAGUGCGUUGCAUGUGAUGCCGGCCGGUUCAGCGAGAGCUACCGAGGCUCCAGCAGCUGCACGAUGUGCCCCACCGGGCAAUGGAGCCAAUCUGGCUCGGUGCGCUGCGCUGCGUGCAUCAGUGGCAGCUACCUUGACGAGAACCAGACAUGUUCCGUGUGCCCAGCUGGGACUGCUAGCAUCCAGGGGGCGACCAACUGUACCUCCUGCCCUCCCGGGGCACGAAGUGAUGCGGGAGCCAAAGAGUGUGAGCCUUGUUCUCCGGGGCGCUUCGUCACGCAGCCGCACGAAGUGUGCCAGAACUGCCCCGGUGGGACUUUCAGCAGUCUGGGCUCCACAUCCUGCGACGUUUGCCCCUUUGGGCACAGCAGUCUCCCCGUGUCUGAGAGUUGCAUCCCCUGCCCUGCUGGGCGUUUCGUCCUGGACAUCGCAGCACCCUGCGCUGCCUGUGCACCAGGGAGGUUCAGCGCUGGCAGGACUGACAGCUGCACUCCCUGCGCCGCGGGCGAAUACAGCGACGAAGCAGCCGGUCGAUGCGCACGGUGCCCUGCUGGCACCGCGAGCAGCACAUCCUCUGGAUCUUGCUCGCAGUGCCCGGCGGGCACGGCGAGUGAAGAAGGAAGCCCCACCUGCAACUCCUGUGCUCCGGGUUCCAUCAGUCAGGCAGGUGCGGAGAAGUGCACGCCCUGCACCGCAGGCAGCUAUGCACUUUUCGCCGACGAGCCGUGUGUGACCUGCGCAGCCGGGACGAGCAGUGCACGAGGUGCCGCUGAGUGCACACCAUGCCAAGCUGGCUAUGUGAGCUCCGCCGGCGCCCCUGAGUGCUUGCCAUGUCAACCAGGCACCUUCACUACAGACCUGCAGCAUUGCCGCACAUGUCCGGCGGGAACCUGGAGCAGCAUUGCAGCUAGCAGCUGCGAGGCGUGUCCACCUGGAAGUCGCUCUGAUGCUGGAUGGGGAGCAUGUCAGAUCUGCCCCCCGGGCACUCACAUGCAGCGGCCGGAUGAGCAAUGUCAGACCUGUCCUGCCGGCACCUACAGCCAUGCCGGGGCUAUUGUGUGCGACAUCUGUGAAGCUGGGACGUUUAGCAGCGCAGCCUCAAACAGCUGUACUACCUGCCCUGCUGGCAGAUACAGCAACGACACUGCUCCCGAGUGCACCGACUGCUCCCGCGGCCGAUUUAGCCCAGAGCGGGCUGAUGGUUGCGCACCCUGCCCCGCGGGGACGAUCAGUGCAGACGCUUCGGGGUCCUGCUCUCGCUGCCCCGAUGGCACCUUCAGCGGCAUCGGGGCCUCCGUUUGCAACGACUGCCCCGCGGGCACCUUCAUCCUCAGCCCAGACCAGACCUGCUCAACGUGCGCACCAGGUAGAUAUAGCAGCACCGCAUCCACCGGCUGCCAUUCCUGCAUCCCUGGGACAUUUACCCCCGAUGCAGCUUUGAGCUGCGGGUCCUGUCCGGCUGGCACUUGGAGCGGUAUGGAAGCUACGACCUGCACCAGAUGCCUACCGGGCGAAUACAGCGACGAGGGGGCAGCGCUUUGCCUCCCGUGUCCUGCAGGGACCUACAUCGAAGAGCCGAACGAAACGUGCAUGGACUGCCCGGCAGGCACGUGGAGCUCAAGCUCCUCGGUGGCCUGCAGCGAUUGCCUGCCUGGGCGUUUCCGCAAUAGCAGCGGCUUAGGCUGUGAGAGCUGUCCUCCAGGCACACAGAGCGGUGUGGCCGCGGACGUUUGCGAGUUGUGCUCUGCGGGCAGGUACAGCCGAAGCUCAUCUUCCACCUGCGAUCUUUGCCCAGCCGGCUUUGCUAGCGAACCCGGCUCGGGCGCCUGCGAUGUGUGCCCGCCAGGCAAGUUUAGUUUGGCUGAGUCACCCAGCUGCAGCAUAUGCCCUGCUGGGACGAAGAGCAUGGGCGAAGCAGGGAUGUGCACGGCCUGCCCACUGGGGAAGGUGAGCCCUGCCAAUGCCGGCCGUUGCCGGCUUUGCCCUGCCGGGCGCUUUGCGCCAUCGCCGGAUGGGGACUGCAUGGAGUGCCCAGCUGGCACAUGGAGCAUCGCCCGCUCGGCACAGUGCACGGACUGUCCAGAGGGCCGCUGGAGCCAUCCUGGCUCGCGGGACUGCGCGGCGUGCCCUCCGGGAACAUACAUCCUCGAGGGCAACGCGACCUGCCAGCCUUGCCCGCAUCGCUACUGGAGCUUCGAGUCCUCGGCUGAAUGUGAGCCGCUGGGCUCGGGCGCCUGGAGUACGUUGCGUGUGCAGCACCUGUACGACGAGAACCUCAGGCGGCUGAGUGGGCGCAGCCUCUUGAAUAUCCUCCUGUGA